UGGAGCUCAUGAUUUGUGUGGAAGCUCCGCGCGACGUUGUGAUGGGGGGAGCAGACUGAAUGCAGUCAUCGUGUUUAUGGACGGGAAGAAAAGGAGGCCGCCACGUUUCUGUUUUACGUCUCCCGGACAGCCGCGCGCCCUGGUUGCUGUGUUUUUUUUCUCUCCCCUCUCUCUUUUUUCUUUUUUUUUUCUUUUCGUCUUUUUUUUGGAGGACUGACUGGAUACUGACAGCAGCUGCUGUGGAGCUGAAAUCUCAUCUCAGCCAUCUUUGACUACCCCCCCACCCCUCUCUCCCUCCUCCUCCUCCUGCUGCUCCUCCUCGGCUCAAAGUAAACACGGCUUGCACGUCGCGUGCAACUCCAUGCAGGAUCCCGAGGCAGGCGAGAUGGGCUCGGCGCGCGACAUCUGACCCGAUUUGCUCGCAUCCGAGCCGCACAGGGGAGGGGACGCGACUCGCCGGAGUCAUGGACCUGCUCGGGAUCUACCUGCUCCUCUGCCUCGCUCUCCUUCCCCGAUCCAGCGGCACCGCGGCCAAGGAGAUCACCUGCCAGGAAAUAGUCGUGCCCCUGUGCAAGGGGAUCGGCUACAACUACACCUACAUGCCCAAUCAGUUCAACCACGACACGCAGGACGAGGCCGGUCUGGAGGUGCACCAGUUCUGGCCUCUGGUGGAGAUCCAGUGCUCGCCGGACCUGAAGUUCUUCCUCUGCAGCAUGUACACCCCGAUCUGCCUGGAGGACUACAAAAAGCCCCUUCCGCCGUGCCGGAGCGUGUGCGAGAGAGCCCGGGCCGGCUGCGCGCCGCUCAUGAGGCAGUACGGCUUCCCCUGGCCGGACAGGAUGAAGUGCGAUCUGCUGCCGGUGCAGGGGAACCCGGACACCUUGUGCAUGGACUACAACCGGACGGACUCCACCACGGUCUCCCCCGUGCUGUCGAAGCCCACCAACCACCCGGGGAAAGGGUCUAGCCCGGCUAAAAGUAAGCCCGGCAGACUCGGGAAGUACAAGCCGCCCAACGCUCCGUGCGAGCCGGGCUGCAAGUGUCUGGAGCCCAUGGUGCCGGUGAACACCGACCGCCACCCGCUGUACAACCGAGUCAAAACCGGCCAGAUCACCAACUGCGCCAUGCCGUGCCACAACCCGUACUUUACGCACGACGAGCGGGCGUUCACCGCCUUCUGGAUCGGACUCUGGUCAGUGUUGUGCUUCGUGUCGACUUUCGCCACCGUGGCCACGUUCCUCAUCGACAUGGAGCGCUUCAAGUACCCGGAGAGGCCGAUCAUCUUCCUGUCCGCCUGCUACAUGUUCGUGUCGGUGGGCUACAUCGUCCGGCUGAUCGCGGGGCACGAGAAGGUGGCGUGCAACCGGGAGUUCGAGCUGGAGCACAUCCACUACCAGACCACCGGCCCCGCGCUCUGCACCGUCGUCUUCCUGCUCAUCUACUUCUUCGGCAUGGCCAGCUCCAUCUGGUGGGUCAUCCUGUCCCUCACCUGGUUCCUCGCGGCCGGGAUGAAGUGGGGCAACGAGGCAAUCGCCAGCUACUCCCAGUACUUCCACCUGGCCGCCUGGCUCAUCCCCAGCAUGAAGUCCAUCGCGGUGCUGGCUCUCAGCUCCGUGGACGGAGACUCCGUGGCCGGGAUCUGCUACGUCGGGAACCAGAACUUGGACAACCUGCGCGGCUUCGUCCUGGCGCCUUUGGUGAUUUAUUUAUUCAUCGGGACCAUGUUCCUCCUAGCCGGAUUCGUGUCGCUGUUCCGGAUCCGCAGCGUCAUCAAGCAAGGCGGCACCAAGACCGACAAGCUGGAGAAGCUGAUGAUCCGGAUCGGGAUCUUCACGGUGCUCUACACGGUGCCGGCGACCGUGAUCGUUGCCUGCUACUUUUACGAGCAGCACAACCGGCAGAGCUGGGAGAUUACGCACAACUGCUCCAACUGCCUGCUGGAGCGGGACCGCCGCAGUCCGGACUACGCGGUGUUCAUGCUCAAGUACUUCAUGUGCCUUCUGGUGGGCAUCACGUCCGGCGUGUGGAUCUGGUCCGGGAAGACCGUGGACUCCUGGAGGACUUUCUGCACCCGCUGCUGCUGGGGCAGCAAGGGCACUGGGGGCUCCAUGUACAGCGACGUUAGCACGGGACUGACGUGGAGGUCGGGCACGGCCAGCUCCGUGUCCUGCCCCAAGCAGAUGCCGCUGUCCCAGGUCUGAAUGUGGAAAGGGGGGGAUGUUGGGGUAGCACGUCGAGGG